AUGGCCUGCGACGACGAGGAAAUACGACGUGAGAAGAUGUAUUUUGAAGAGCUAAAUGGAAGAGGUAAAAUGUUCGGCUAUAGAGCCAUGUGGAGAAGCUUGCAAGCAAAACAUGGCUUGCAAAUUCCUCGUUCCGUAGUUCAAAUCAUACUUCGAGAAGUGGACCCAGAAGGAUCGAGAUUAAGGCGGGCUAAUCGCCUUCAUAGAAGAAGCUACCUAAAUCCCGGGCCACAUUAUUGUUGGCAUGCUGACGGGAACGAUAAAUUAAGCCAUAUGGUUUUCCAAUCCAUGGCUGUAUAGACGGGCCUAGCAGGAAGAUAAUGUGGCUUAACAUUGUACGGUCAAAUAACGAUCCUCAAGUGGUAGGUAGGCUGUUUUAUAACUGCGUAACUAAUUUGCAAUUAUGUCCAACAAUUCUAAGAAAAGACUUGGGAACAGAAAAUUGAAUUAUGACGUCGGCUCAGUGCUUUUUGCGCAAAAACCACACGGGUACCCAUUGCAAUGUCCAUGCACAUCGAUAUGGGUCAUCGAACAGCAAUCAGCGAAUCGAGGCAAGGUGGGCUAUGCUCCGUCGAUCAUGGUCCUCAGGGUGGAUAAAUUUAUUUAAAGACUUGAUAGCCAGAGGAGUGUUGGACACAACCAAUACACUUCAUCUUGAGUGUCUUUGGUUCUGCUUUCGUCCAGUCCUAAAAAAGGGACUCGAAGAAAUUAAGGACUCGUGGAACUGUCACUAUGUACGCAAAUCCCGGUAUUAUACUCAAGCGGGAAUCCAUAAUCAGCUUUAUCUUCUACCAGAAACAGUUGGAGCAGAUGAUUUCAAGAAAGAGUAUGAUGGCCGCGAUCGCAUCGAGAUUGAGGAUUCCGUUAAUGUAUCAACUGAAAAUUAUUCGACAUACCAAGAGUACUUUUCGUAUAGUGCUGGUGUGUUAGGAAUAGGACAGAUGCAAACCUUGAUGGAUGCUUUAGCGGCAUAUGAAAGACUACCGGAAGCAGCUUAA